AUGACUGAUGCAAGCGACUUUGAAGUUGGAGCGGUACUUGGGCAGCGCAAGGAUAAGAAACUUCAUGUGAUCUAUUACGCGAGCAAAACUAUGGAUGAAGCUCAGUGCAGAUACACCACAACAGAGAAAGAACUCCUGGCUAUUGUUUUUGCAUUCGAGAAGUUCAGAUCCUACCUGGUGGGAUCUAAGGUGAUUGUGCACACAGACAAUGCUGCUCUUAAGUAUCUGCUCACAAAGAAAGAUGCGAAACCAAGGUUGUUAAGGUGGAUUCUUCUCCUCCAAGAAUUCAAUCUUGAGAUAAAGGAUAAGAGAGGAGUCGAGAAUGGGGUUGCAGACCAUCUGUCCAGAAUGAAGAUUGAUGACGACACAACUUUUGAUGAAGAACACCCAGUGGAACACGUCAAUGCGUUUGGUCUGCGUUUCGCGGAACAACCUCUGCGAAUCACAUCUGACUGCUCUAGCAUCGCAGAACAACCUCUGGGAAGGAGAUCUGAUUGUUAUCACGUCGCGGAACAUCCAGUCGCCGUGAUCCAAAAGCAGUACUCUCACCUCCCGUGGUUUGCUGAGAUUGCAAAUUUUCUUGCUGCUGAAAAGCAACCUCUUAAGUUCACUGGAAACGACAAGAGAAAAUUUUUAAGGGAGGCGAGGCGUUAUGUUUGGGAUGAACCGUUUUUGUACAGACAUGGCAAGGAUGGCUUGUUCAGAAGGUGUGUUCCAGAGGUAGAUAUUCCAGGAAUCCUACAUCACUGCCAUGGUUCAUCUUACGCAGGCCACUUCGCUACAUUCAAAACGGUUUCCAAAAUCCUUCAAGCAGGUUUCUGGUGGCCAACUAUGUUCAGGGAUGCUCAAGCCUACAUAGCAAGGUGCGACAUAUGCCAACGACUUGGGAACAUCAGCAAGAGGAAUGAGAUGCCUCAGAAUUACAUUCUAGAGGUUGAGGUGUUCGACUGUUGGGGAGUCGAUUUCAUGGGACCAUUCCCUUCGUCCUUCAAGAACGAGUACAUCCUCGUCGUCGUUGACUAUAUAUCUAAGUGGGUGGAAGCGAUAGCAAGCCCUACUAAUAAUGCAAAAGUGGCGACUAAGAUGUUCAGCUCCAUCAUCUUUCCGAAGUUUGGAGUGCCUCGAGUCGUCAUUAGCGAUGGUGGAACACACUUCAUCAACAAGGCAUUUCAGGGCCUCUUGAAAAAGAAUGGAGUGAAGCACAAGGUGGCAACCGCUUAUCAUCCGCAAACGAGUGGACAGGUUGAGGUUUCCAAUAGGGAGAUCAAGAGCAUUCUCCAGAAAACUGUCAACACUUCACGAAAGGAUUGCUCACUUAAGCUGGACGAUGCAUUAUGGGCCUACAGAACAGCCUACAAAACGCCGCUGGGAACAACUCCCUAUCACCUAGUCUACGGUAAAGCAUGUCACCUCCCUGUCGAGCUAGAAUACAAAGCUGCAUGGGCAGUCAAGUUACUGAAUUUCGACAUCAAGCCAGCAACCGAGCGACGCAUGAUCCAAAUCCAUGAGCUGGAAGAGAUAAGGCACCUAGCCUAUGAAAGCUCCAAAAUUAAUAAGGAGAAGACCAAGGCCUACCAUGACAAGCGCAUCAUUGCCAGACAUUUCGAACCAAACGAUAAGGUCUUGCUUUUCAGUUCAAGGUUGACGUUGUUCCCAGGCAAGCUGAAGUCUAGAUGGUCCGGACCCUUCACUGUUAAGGAAGUUCGACCCUCGGAGCUGUUGUGUUACUGGACAGAAAAGGAGAUGAGUUGGCAGUGCUUAAAGCAUUACCUUGCUGACUCCACUAUCGCAGAGGGCGAAGAAGUUCCCCUAAGCGAUCCCCCAUCAGCCUGA